AUGAAAAGAAAUUGUGAUUUUAAACUAGGGCUUUCAUCACCUCGUUAUAGGCAGUGCCACCCUCAGUUGCGUAUGAAGAAUAGUGGGAAUAAUCAAUUGCUGACACUUUUCUGCAAUGGAAAAGUUGUUGUUUUUGAUGUUACAGAGUUUCAGGCUAGAGCCAUUAUAUUGCUUGCAAGCAGAGAAAUGGAAGGGAGAUCAAACACGAAACCAGAUGCGAGGGAAGAAGAGGAGGAUGGAUUUGGAUCGAACAAGGGUUUGUACGAAGGAUUCUUUAAAACGGCGCAGUUCUCUUCAUCGUCCAAGGAGUUACGAUAUUGUGGGUCUCCUAGUUCUCCAUCUCCUCCUCCUUCUUCAGCUGAGGAGUAG